CUGUGUUGUUAGGCACUCUACACAUUUUCUCAAAAAUGAGGUUGACAGAAUUAUUAACCAGUCACCAUGGGUAAACGUUACUAUUGUGAGUUUUGUGACAAAUCCUUUGCAGACAAUCGUACCAAUAGGAAGAACCAUCUGAAUGGCUCAAUUCACCAUCGCCUUAGGAAGCAACACUAUGAUGCAUUUAAAGAUGCAACAACUAUACUUGCUGAAGAGGCCCUGAAGAAACCAUGCAAACACUUCCUUGGUGGCUACUGUGAAUUUGGUGAAAGCUGCAGAUUCUCCCACAUGACAGAAGAUAUUAGAAGGAAACUUUUACAGCAAGGUGCCAAUGCAAGUCUAAGUCAAGAAGCUGCAAAGCCUCUUUGCAGGUCUUUUGCAAGUACUGGUAAAUGUGUCUAUGGAAACAGAUGCAGAUUCUCUCAUUUGACAGAAGAAGAAAAAGCUGAAUUGCUACAGGCUGGAGCUCAAACGUCUUUCACUUCAAAAAGGAAAACGUUGAUGUCCCUGAAAGCUCCUAAAUUAGGUGACUGGCUGGCGAAGAGAGAGAAACGAUUAAAACGAGACACUUCUGAUGGUGGUGGUGAAGCAGAGGAUGACCUCCCUGAAUACACCUUACCACCUGCCUUGCAGGGGAUUCCAGAUUUACCACCAUCACUAAUUCCUCCCUCACAAGAAGACCUCAGGACUGCCCCUAGUAUUGGCUGGGGAUGAAGGGGACACUGUCUUCAAGUGUGUGUGAAUGACAAAGUUAUAGUGAUAAUUCACUGUGUUCCUGGUGACAGCUCAUUGCGAUGAAAAGUCAAGUCACCUUCAAUACUUCAGAGUGUCCUCAUGAUUGGAAACAACCUGUUUGUUAUCCUGCGUGUACAGAUGACUACUGAAAAAAAUUGAACUCUUCGAUGUAAACUCAAAAUUGCCACUGGUUCUGAAUUCUGGUUGAUACCAGUACUCCAAUUUGAACUCAAAGUAGUUGCUACCAAAAGUGUGAGUGAAAUACAAAUGAAUUAAUGUGAACUAAAGGCCAUUGCUUUAAGACAU